GGUUAGACCAGACAACUUAGUCAAGUCACUUUAGUCCUCGUAGUCACUAGCCCGGCUCCCAAACCCGUUCUGUUUGCCUCAUAGAGUCGAUUCCUUCGAGCGUUACCGCCCUACGGAGCCUGCAUACGAGACUAAUAUGCCUCACACACGCAGACUGUUCGCAAGUAACCAAGUCUCUAAGAUAAUCGCGUCCACCAGAAAUAUUCUCGGUGUGGUUGCCAUUUUUCUACAGCACUUGAACAACUUUUGUGCGCGUUUGAAUCAUCGCCACCAGCCCGCCAUGACCAUAUUUGUCCAAAAUUCCCAGAAGUCCCAGUUUUUCUCGGAACGAAAGUGACACGAGCGAUUGUUUGCCUGCUUAAGUUACCCACCUGAGGCGCUCAGGGGGCGGAGCUUCGCGUCCUGACCUCCGUGCGGGCUCCCGAAGUUUGCGAACACGCCCAGACCGUCCAUGUACCCUGCACCGCCGAUAGCACUAUGGCGCUGGGAGCUUCCCCCACCAGGGGAGACCGCGGGGAAGUCGUGGUGAUUCCCCGCCGCAGCUUCUACGCGGUGAGUUUCGCGGUGGCGCUUCUGGUCCUGACGUCUCUGGGGCUCGGCGUGAGCGGGUUCGUGUACCUGUUGCGCCAGGUGGAGGAACUGAGGGCCGCCAGGUGUGCGUGCGGCGCCGUCAAGCGGGACGUGGGGCCGCACCUGACGGGAGAGACGGAACCUCCCGCCGACAGGAGUCUGGCAGCGGCCGGGGACCAGCUCUCUGCUAUCCUCAGGAAUGGCAGGGACAAACGGAACUUGCCCCCGCUCGACAUUAACAUAGCACUACCGGACGUUGUGCGAGAAAUCAUCGGGCAGGAAGCGGAGGAGGCCCGAGAUGAGGACGACUCUGUCCCCGCAGGUGACCCACCCUUAAGCCGAGCAAAACGGGGUGGAGGUGGAGGAAAGAGAGGUGGAAAAGGCAAGAAAGGNNNCGGUCUGAAAGCGGCGCACAUUCAGGGGAAUGCCGGAGAUGACGGAGGGGCAGUGGCUGUUGGGGCCGAUGCUGAUCCAAUCAUGAAACAAACCGCUCAGGCUAACACGAGUGAGGUCUUGCUGUCCAUGAGGGACCAGAAGAGAGAAAAAAACGUGGACCGAUUCGGACCGGCUCGAAGGUACAAGUUUAAAGAUGGACACGUGAACCAUUGGAAGACCGCCGACUGGAUGGUUGAGCCUGAGUACGAACAGUACCAUGAGUACAGCAAUGUGUUCCGCCUCAACUCAAAGGACGGUUCGCUCACAGUGACGGAGUCAGGCCUGUACUUCGUCUAUAGUCAGGUGUAUUACUACGACGGCACACACGCUUUCAUCAGCCACAUCAUCAGAGAGUCCGGGGAACAAGAGCCGUUCCUGCAGUGCAUUCAGAGCCCUGUGAACGAGAGUAGGAAGUAUAACACGUGCUUCACCGCCGGAGUGUUUCCGUUAGACGCUGGGGACAAGAUUUUCGUGCAACUUCAGCAGGAAAAUGCGGUGGUGGACAUGAGUCCUGAAACAACCUUCUUCGGUCUGAUUAAGAUAGCGGAACCAGCUAAGAGACGUGGUGUUAGACACAGUAACAAGAAGAAAGAUAAAAGAACGUCGGGAUGAACGUACUAGUAAGAAUUCACUAGUUCUGGCCACUUAAACUUCAGAAAUAUACGGGGCUCUUUCCCCCCCCCCCAAAAAAAACAAGCCAAGACGCAUAAGAAAAAAAGAACAAGAAAAAAGAAAGAGGAACGUCAGGAUGAACGUACUAGUAACAAUUCAAUAGUCCUGGUCACUUCAAUUGCAAAAAUAUAUUAAGCUCUCUAAAUUAAUUUAAGUGGAUACAUAGCUAUAGUGCAAGGAUUUUACCACAAGGCGCCAAUAGACUUUUUAACCUGGGUGAAAGUUAUAUACUUUAUCCAUAUAUCCACAUCUGUAUCUUGUUGUUGUAUAUGUUUUCUUUGUAUAUACAUCCAGACGUAGGAAUCAUUACAUUGCAUGUACUUAGACGCCUGUCUGAUGAACACAAGUCAGAAAGCAAACGCAGUCAUUGCCAGCCGAUUGUUAAGUACCAAAAGCAAGGAAGAAUAGCAUAUGUAUAUAUAUAUAUUAUAUGAAGUAGUAAAUUAGAGAAAUAUGGAUAUGAUAGUAGCUAUGAUAACGGUGGAGGGCAAAGAUUUGGUCUUUAGACCGAAUCGUUCGCUGUACAUAGUAAGUAUAACAUAUUGUUGAUUUCUUCCAUUCCCUGUUCGAUAUCAAUGUUUGUUGUAGGUGACCUUUCUGAAGUUACUGCAGUUUUUCUUGUACCAAAAACAUGUACAAUGCUACUUACAGAGCUGUGUUGAUAACAUGACAAUGUGUUUCGAUCCAACAACGGUUUUGUCUACGAUUACUUAUAUCAGUUUUAAUGGGCACUCACUAAAUCUGAGUACAGCCAGUUCUCAGUGAGAAGCAGUGUAUCGGAGUAUUGCAGUAACACAUAGAAGGUCACCUACAUGGUAACGGUAUUGACUAAGUCACAAUGAGUAAUUUUAAUUUUUUUUGU